GAACACCAGGAUGUAGUGUCUCGAUGCAAAAACAGAUGCCACCAGCUGGGUAUGAAAUGAAGAUAAAUGAGGAUUCGGUGAUUAAUAAGUUUCAUGAGUAUAACUCCAAGAGCCAACCCUGAAUCUUGAUCGGCGUGGACGUAGUCCUAAGAUACAUUGUAUAGAACGUACAUUAGCGUCUUCGAGCAGAAGCGGGGUGUUAUCAGUCUAGAUGCAGGAUGUGUAUUCCAACAAAAGCAUAUAAGAGGAACCAAACUCAUCUGACGACUCUCGAAAUCUGCUCUCGUAUUCCGAUGAGGAGUUUAAACUCAGACCUGUAUCGCUUUUGAAAAGUAUCGACUUCAAUACUCUGCCAAAAUGGACACAUCAAACGCUACCACCUCUUUUCCAAUCCAACCGACACCAUCCCAGAUCUCUAUUGUGGACGUCUUCUUUCCUGGCUUCGGCACCAUUUUCUCCUCUAUGCAGUAUCUCCUAGCUGGAAAUUUAGAUAUCUAUGUUCGUCUGUUAGGCAUCUGCGGAAUGAUCACCGUCCUGGGAAGAUAUGGAUUCCGUUAUUUGAUGGAAUUCGUGGAGACUUACUUCACCUCAACAGUCACUGUGCCCCACCACGACGAAGCGUACGAUAUGCUCCUCACGUGGAUAUCCACUCAGCCAUUCGCAGAUGAGGUUAAAUCCUCUCUGGCCAGCGUUGGGCCCCGGCAGAGACGGGUAUUCGCUGUUGAUGACUCGAGUGGAUACAAGAAGAAGGCUUUGACCUAUGCCCCCUGGAAAGGCUCAUUUUAUUUUUGGUAUAAGAACCACCUACUUCAAUUGUCUUGCACAGUGAAAGAGGGUGUCUUUAAUCCGCAAGAAGAACUUCGUCUCUCUUGCAUCGGAAGGUCUCCAAAGAUUGCGAAAGAGCUCCUUGAGGAGGGUCGAACUGAGUACCUCAAACGUAUUCAGAAGAAGACAUCUGUCUUCGAGCAUGAAAAUGGGGAGUGGAAGAAGGUAGUAUCACGAGAUAUCAGGCCCAUCGCCACAGUCAUCAUGAACGAGGACGAUAAGGAGGCACUGGUGAAAGAUAUUGAGGACUUUCUCAGCGAGGAGACUCGUAGCUGGUAUGCAAGUCGAGGCAUACAAUAUAAAAGAGGGUUCCUCUGGUAUGGGCCUCCCGGAACCGGAAAGUCCAGUUUCAGCUUCUCUAUCGCCGGGCGGUUCGAAUUGGACAUCUAUGUACUGAGCAUUCCAAAGGUCGACGACAGUGGACUAGCCAGUCUGUUUGCCAAGCUCCCUCCGCACUGCAUUGUUCUCUUGGAAGACGUCGACGCCGUCGGCACUGCACGGACCGAGAGGCCUGAAACUCCCAGAUCUCCCGGUGGGAGCUCGACAGUCUCCUCGGGUGGAGGCAGAUCUCCUGGGAAAUUGUCGAUGUCUGGGCUUCUCAACGCUCUAGACGGGGUGGCAUCGGCAGAGGGUCGGGUGCUCAUUAUGACAACCAAUCACAUUGAGAAUCUAGACAGGGCGCUCGUACGACCUGGUCGUGUGGAUCAAAAGGUCUUAUUUCCGCUUGCCGACAAGGACUUGAUUUUUAGAUUGUUUUGCACGAUCUUCAAACAACUGGAUGGAGAUCAAACCAUUGGAAAGAAGGAUGAUGAUGAGCAUGACACUAUAGAACGACUGGCCGAAGAGUUCGCCUCGAAGAUGCCCAGUGACGAAUUCAGCCCUGCUGAGAUUCUGGAGCUUUUGGUGAAGAACAAGCAUUCUCCGGCCAAUGCGGUGGUUAGUGUUGCUGAAUGGGUGGUGAAAGCCAGGAAGGAAAGGAGCAAGUUGCAAAGAGAAAACUCGUGGGUGCAGAAUAUCUAA